ACCUCGCUGUCCUGGAACCCUUGAUGAGGGAAUACGUAGAACGUUCUGGUAAGUACAUGUCGUUUUUCAAUAUUGCAAAAAUCACAUCACUCUCUCUCUCUCUCUGUAUGCCGCUGCAACGGAAAAAUUUAAAACAGCCUGAAUCGCAUGUUAUUCUCUCUUCUGACAGCGCUGAUGGCUAUGUUGAACGACGACGAGUCAACGGAUGAGUUGCUUGCCCAGGCGGCGUAUAUUUGCGAAGCGAUGGAGUUGAGUAACCUCGGGGAGGACCGUCUUGAUGACGGUGUCGGAGAAGAAGAAAAAGAAGUAAUACCUGAGCAGGCAGACGAACCGAAGCAAGUUUGCGAGCUGAUGGAAAUCGCUAAUUUCGAGGAGGUCUGCACGGAAGACGGGGGUCAGUAUGGGGAUGAAAACGUCCGUCAGUACGAGGCGGGUGACGAGGAAGAAGAAGAAGAAGAAGAAGAAGAAGAAGAAGAAGAAGAAGAAGAAGAAGAAGAAGAAGAAGAAGAAGAAGAAGAAGAAGAAGAAGAAGAAGAAGAAGAAGAUGAAGAAGAAGAAGAAGAAGAAGAAGAAGAAGAAGAAGAAGAAGAGGAUGAUGAAGAAGAGGAAGAAGAUGAUGAAGAAGAAGAGGAGGAAGAUGAUGAAGUGUUAUCUGAACAAUGCUCCGAGUGUGGCCGGAGUGAUGAUAGUGGUGACUAUAAUAUCGAAAGUAAGGAAAAUGACGAAAACUGUGAAGAGAAUGAAUAUGUGGGUGAAGUGCUUCCGAAUGUUCUUUUGCCUCAGGCACCAGGUGCUGCAGUGAUUGAGGAGGUGAAUGUUCCAGAGGACUCGCGCGGUUUCGGAAUCACGCGAACCGACGUCAGAGAAGGAAGCACUUACACCCGUGUUCAAACCGGUGGAUCUAGGAAACCUUUUCGCGUCAACGAAGGUGCUAGUUCCUCCGGCAUAAGACUCGGCACCACUCGGCAAAAUGAUGAUGACGACGACGGAAAUCAAGACGAGGAUAACGAGGAUAAGGACGAAGGCGUUGAAGAAAUUACGGAAAGGGUCGAGAACGAGAAUGAGCCUCACGCAGCGAGCGGUCCUGUUUCACAGGUCCCGGGGAAUAGGUUUCCGAUAGUGGGCGGAACGCGCAAAUAUAUCCGACGGUUCGAAAUAGACGGAUGCGAACUUGUUGUUAAGAUUGGAAUACCGGAUCCGGAGGUAAACCCCGUAGAGUGGCUGGAAGGUGCCUUUAAAGAUUUACAUACUUAUGCUACGGGAAAAUGUCAAAGCGGUGAUUAUAUAGGAUUUACCUUCAGUGCAGAAAAUUUUAAUCAGGGGGCUGCAUGGCUAUCGUUUCGUCCGGUUCGCGACUCCGCGUAUAGCGAUUUCUGGGAACUGGUUUCCAGCGUGACGCAAAGCGCGUCCGAAUUCGGGCUGGACAAAUUGUAUACGGUGACUGUGCACACGGUCAAAGUCCCGGCAGGACGCGGCAAAACGGUAUGGAAUAACAGGGCUCUGACCAACAAGAGGUCGAUUAUAAAUAUCAUCAACAACGACGGUAUGUGUCUAGCGCGUGCAAUAGUAAUCGGUAUAGCGCAUGCUAAACGGGGUGCCGUACGUAGCGGAGAAUUACAUCAGCGUUACGAGGCCAACCGAUUCCCUCAUUCUGCUCUCCAGCGUAGCGAAGCGCAGCGUUUAACAGCGGAAAGUCAUGUCUAA